CCUCCAUUUGGAAAUAUUUUCGAAUUUAGUUUCAUACUUACUACUAACAGAUAAUCACGCAAUUCUUAAUCUUAUCAUUAAGUACUAUUCUGAUUCAAUGUAGGAGGUAUAUUAUUUGUAGUAAGUACUUAUUUUAAAACACAACAAUGGUCAAGACUAAAAUACAUGACAAGCAUUUUUUAAAUGUUUGGUGCAUUAUCUUUUCAUAAGACUCGGAGUUUUACAAAAUAUAUUAUCGAACUUACUUUUAAAUGUUUCAUUAAAUUAAAAGAAUCUGGACAGAAAUUAGAACAUUCCGUGAAGUAUUUUCCAUCUGAUCAGCCUUUGAAGGUAUUAAGCGGAUAUCAUAGCUUCCUUGGUACAAUUCUGCAUAAUACCCACAAUGUGUUAACUGUUACCCCACUAAAAGGAUUACGCCUGUAAGUGUGUAAGACUUCAAAUCGAAUAAAAAUAACAUCUAUUUUGUAACAGAAGCCCGCUUCUCUGACCAUGAAACAGUCGGUCGCUCAAAAUAAAAUAUAAAGUGUUGAAAAUGUUGAGAGUUGGAUGUUUUGUGGUUCUCCUUGUGUUGGUUGAUGUUGGAGAGGCUGGGAGAGUACAAGCUGCUGUUAGUUUUCUAGCCAACGCAUCUUACCAAGAAAUAGAGCUCAAGUCUGAAUCCAGUUUGUCCUUGCGCGACAUACUACCAGUAAAAGCUAAAUACUACGACAAAAACAGAGCCCCAAAGUUACUGGGACAGCCCACUGUCGUCUACUUCCACGUUACUGUGCUAUCUCUAGACUCUAUCAAUGAAGAGAGUAUGACUUAUGUCGCCGAUAUUUUCCUGGCUCAAUCCUGGCGGGACCCUCGGCUGCGGCUUCCGGAGAACAUGCACGAAGAGUACAGGAUCUUGGACGUGGAAUGGCUGAACAGCAUCUGGAGACCUGACUGCUUCUUCAAGAACGCGAAGAAGGUCACAUUCCACGAGAUGAGCAUCCCGAACCAUUAUCUAUGGCUGUAUCAUGAUAAAACUUUGCUUUAUAUGUCGAAAUUGACUCUGGUGUUGUCGUGCGCAAUGAAAUUUGAAUCCUAUCCUCACGACACACAAAGCUGUUCCAUGAUGAUCGAGAGUUUGUCCCACACAGUGCACGACUUGAUAUUUAUAUGGAACCUCACCGACCCAUUGGUGGUCAACCCGGACAUCGAACUGCCUCAGUUAGACAUCGCUCACAACUACACCACUGAUUGUACUAUCGAGUACUCUACCGGUAACUUCACCUGUCUGGCGGUGGUGUUCAAUCUGCGCCGACGGCUCGGCUAUCACCUCUUCCACACGUACAUACCCUCAGCGUUGAUCGUGGUCAUGUCCUGGAUAUCAUUCUGGAUCAAGCCUGAGGCAAUACCUGCAAGAGUUACUCUAGGCGUCACUUCUUUGCUUACUCUGGCAACUCAAAACACCCAGUCACAGCAGAGUCUGCCGCCUGUUUCAUACGUCAAAGCGAUAGAUGUGUGGAUGUCUUCUUGUUCAGUUUUUGUUUUUCUAUCGCUGUUCGAGUUUGCUGUAGUCAAUAAUUACAUGGGACCGGUGGCGACCAAGGCCAUGAAGGGAUACUCUGAUGAAGACUUGUCAAGAGAUUUGGAUGCUUUUAAGCACAUAUUUCCAAGCAGUGCGGAGCCGCGUCCGAGCGCUGCAUCAGUCCCGCAGUACGACACGUUCUGCAACGGACGCGAGACAGCCGUCUACAUCGAUCGGUUCUCUCGCUUCUUCUUCCCUUUCUCUUUCUUCAUUCUCAAUGUCGUCUACUGGUCCACCUUUUUAUAGUGUGUUGGAUUAUAAUGUUAGAAUUA